AUGCUAUUAUGGCUAUCCCUUAUAUCUACUCUCUUAAUUCUUCCGUUUAUCUUAGCCUACUUGGGUGGGUCUUUCUGGCUUAAAGAAUCAUUCUAUUGGGAACAACCUCAAGUAGUUUACGCUCAACAAUUGCUACUGCUCGUUCAGGGAAUAUCUGCAUCUACUGCUGCUCCUAUAACUGUCAUGUACUCAACCAACGCGCUGUUUAAUCAAUUCAUGGAUCCCUUUGUGAGAAUGGCUGCUAUCAAGUCAUGGAUGGUGGAUUUCGAUGCAGACGGUGUUAAUGACCAAAUAUUAUUCAAUAUCUCGGUUCCAGUGGGUGCUGAUGAGCAGAGUCAGAUCCGCUUCUAUACUCAAUCCAUGUUCUUCAUUGAUACCGCUUCUCCACUCACUGGAAACAGUUUGUACGUUGAUGGAGACCUCCAGCUUAUUCAACGUUGGCCUAUGCAAGACAAAGUUGACUACAUGUUCACAAACCCCGCCAUCAACUUUACUCAAGCUGUCGGAAACGAUUACGCCGCGUUGACUUGGCCACGUAUCGUGUCCGACUAUCUAGAUAAAGAUGUACGGACUACGCUCGUGUCACCUAUGCCGAUUUGGUCAACACCGAGAGGCUCUAACGAUCCCUUUACCAUCACCAUCAAAGUUCGUAUCCCCAAAGACAGAAUCGUCUAUCGUCCUGCUCUCCUUCAAGUCCUUAAAAACGGUUGGAUACAAUAUAUUGCGUGUUGGGUCAUUGUUGCUGCUGUAUUGAUUCCUCUGUACAAAUAUGUGCUGCAACACCAGAUCGUUGCUACAUAUGUAUCCAUUCAAACAAGCGUGGAUCGAGAUGCAAAACACCCUGCUGGAUUCAAACGACCUUUGUUUUGA